UUCGAUCUCUAUUCAAAAGGAAGUGCUUCUUUCUAAAAUUUCAGGGAAGAUGUUCAAAUUCACUAAGGAUGUUACCUUUGCCGGUUACACCUUGUUGCUUCCGAGCGUCAGCGUCGGAAACGUUGCUCAGCUGGCCACCGAUCUGCUGAUAGAAACGCUGAAACUGGAGAAAAUCGGCCUGCUCUGGCAUCCGGCUUUGAUUCCAAUCGUUGGCCCACCAGCCUACGAUCACGACAAAGACCGUAUAACCACCACCGCUGAACUGUACGUCUCGGAGGAACACAAGCUGUUGGUGCUUCAGAUCCGGUCUCCUCUGGUAGGUGCGCUGCAAGCAGAUUUACUGGGCAAACUCACCGAUUUCGUCCGAGAUCGUCAGCUGGCGGAAGUGAUCGUACUGAGCAGUAGCUUCGCCCACGAAAACCACCAGGUGGGAGCGCGACCGUACAAGUAUAUGGCCAAUGAAAAGUUUCUUUCCCACCACUCCGGGGCGGUCGAGAAGUUGCAGUGGAAUCAGCUGGAAGGCAACGUGAUUCACGGAGGUGGCUAUGCGGUCAAGCUAUUGAACGCUUGCAGCGAGAAGGAUGUGGCUGGCUUUGUGCUCUUUACGUACGUUUCCGAGGGAGAUAAUACGGUGGAUGCCGUGCAGUUGGUCUCGUUGGUGGACCAGUUGAAGAAGCCACUGUUGCCGAGGGAGGAGGAUGGCGUUAAGAUUAAGCUGGCCAUUCCGAGCUCGUGGAAGCAUCUGUUCGGCAAUGCGCCACCGGUCAAUGUGUAUUGAGGGGUGAGCGGAGGGAAGGAGAGA